CCGCACCCGCGCGCGGAGAAGGCAGGGACGCCCGCCGGGCGGGCCGGAGCGGGCGAUGGGGCCCUGGUGAGCGCGCCCAGGCCCGGCCCGGUGCCCGGCGGGCGGCAGCAUGUCCGCGGGCGGCAGCGCCAGGAAGAGCACCGGGAGGCCCUCCUACUACUACCGGCUGCUGCGGCGGCCCCGGCUGCAGCGACAGAGGAGCCGCUCCCGCAGCCGGACCCGGCCCGCCAGGGAGUCGCCCCAGGAAAGGCCAGGCUCCCGGCGCAGUCUGCCCGGCAGCCUCUCAGAGAAGAGCCCCAGCAUGGAGCCCUCGGCCACCACGCCGUUCCGGGUCACGGGCUUCCUCAGCCGCCGCCUCAAGGGCUCCAUCAAGCGCACCAAGAGCCAGCCCAAGCUGGACCGCAACCACAGCUUCCGCCACAUCCUGCCGGGGUUCCGGAGCGCCGCCGCCGCCACCGCCGCCGCCGCCGCGGACAAUGAGAGGUCCCAUCUGAUGCCCAGGCUGAAGGAGUCUCGCUCGCACGAGUCCCUGCUCAGCCCCAGCAGCGCGGUAGAGGCGCUGGACCUCAGCAUGGAGGAGGAGGUGGUCAUCAAGCCGGUGCACAGCAGCAUCCUGGGCCAGGACUACUGCUUCGAGGUGACCACGUCAUCAGGAAGCAAGUGCUUUUCCUGCCGAUCGGCAGCCGAGCGGGAUAAGUGGAUGGAGAACCUUCGGCGAGCAGUACACCCCAACAAGGACAACAGCCGGCGUGUGGAGCACAUCCUGAAGCUGUGGGUGAUCGAGGCCAAGGACCUGCCGGCCAAGAAGAAGUACCUGUGCGAGCUGUGCCUGGACGACGUGCUCUAUGCCCGCACCACGGGCAAGCUCAAGACGGACAACGUCUUCUGGGGUGAGCACUUCGAGUUCCACAACCUGCCGCCUCUGCGCACCGUCACCGUGCACCUGUACCGGGAGACCGACAAGAAGAAGAAGAAGGAGCGCAACAGUUACCUGGGCCUGGUGAGCCUGCCUGCCGCCUCGGUGGCUGGGCGGCAGUUCGUGGAGAAGUGGUACCCAGUGGUGACGCCCAACCCCAAGGGCGGCAAGGGCCCCGGGCCCAUGAUCCGCAUCAAGGCGCGCUACCAGACCAUCACCAUCCUGCCCAUGGAGAUGUACAAGGAGUUUGCCGAGCACAUCACCAACCACUACCUGGGGCUCUGUGCGGCCCUCGAGCCCAUCCUCAGCGCCAAGACCAAGGAGGAGAUGGCGUCGGCCCUGGUGCACAUCCUGCAGAGCACGGGCAAGGUGAAGGACUUCCUCACGGACUUGAUGAUGUCAGAGGUGGACCGCUGCGGGGACAACGAGCACCUUAUCUUCCGGGAGAACACGCUGGCCACCAAGGCCAUUGAGGAGUACCUCAAGCUGGUGGGCCAGAAGUACCUGCAGGAUGCGCUAGGUGAGUUCAUCAAAGCACUGUAUGAGUCGGACGAGAACUGCGAAGUGGACCCAAGCAAGUGCUCGGCCGCCGACCUCCCCGAGCACCAGGGCAACCUCAAGAUGUGCUGCGAGCUAGCCUUCUGCAAGAUCAUCAACUCCUACUGUGUCUUCCCCCGGGAGCUGAAAGAGGUGUUUGCCUCAUGGCGACAGGAGUGCAGCAGCCGCGGCCGGCCCGACAUCAGCGAGCGGCUCAUCAGCGCCUCCCUGUUUCUGCGCUUCCUCUGCCCCGCCAUCAUGUCACCCUCACUCUUCAACCUGCUGCAGGAGUACCCCGAUGACCGCACGGCCCGCACCCUCACCCUCAUCGCCAAGGUUACCCAGAACCUGGCCAACUUCGCCAAGUUUGGCAGCAAGGAGGAGUACAUGUCGUUCAUGAACCAGUUCCUGGAGCACGAGUGGACCAACAUGCAGCGCUUCCUGCUGGAGAUCUCCAACCCCGAGACCGUGUCCAACACGGCCGGCUUCGAGGGCUACAUCGACCUGGGCCGCGAGCUCUCCAGCCUGCACUCGCUGCUCUGGGAGGCCGUCAGCCAGCUGGAGCAGAACAUCGUAUCCAAACUGGGCCCUCUGCCUCGAAUCCUGAGGGACGUCCAUACAGCUCUGAGUACCCCAGGCAGUGGGCCGCUCACAGGGACCAACGACUUGGCCUCCACUCCUGGCUCUGGCAGUAGCAGCAUCUCGGCCGGGCUGCAGAAGAUGGUGAUCGAGAAUGAUCUCUCUGGUCUGAUAGAUUUCACCCGGUUACCGUCUCCAACCCCCGAAAACAAGGACUUGUUUUUUGUCACAAGGUCCUCCGGGGUCCAGCCCUCACCUGCCCGCAGCUCGAGUUACUCGGAAGCCAACGAGCCCGACCUUCAGAUGGCCAAUGGUGGCAAGAGCCUGUCUAUGGCAGAUCUCCAAGACGCCCGCACGCUGGACGGGGAGGCGGGCUCCCCGGCGGGCCCCGACGCCCUCACCGCCGAUGGGCAGGCGGCGGCAUCGCAGCUGGUGGCCGGGUGGCCGGCCCGGGCGGCCCCGGCGAGCCUGGCAGGGCUGGCCACGGUGCGGCGGGCAGGCCAGACACCGACCACGCCGGGCACCUCCGAGGGCGCCCCCGGCCGGCCCCAGCUGUUGGCGCCGCUCUCCUUCCAGAACCCCGUGUACCAGAUGGCAGCGGGCCUGCCACUUUCACCCCGCGGCCUCGGUGACUCGGGCUCUGAGGGCCACAGCUCCCUGAGCUCCCACAGCAACAGCGAGGAGUUGGCAGCGGCUGCCAAGCUGGGAAGUUUCGGCGGUGCCGCCGAGGAGCUGGCGCGGCGGCCCGGGGAGCUGGCGCGCCGGCAGAUGUCACUGACUGAGAAGGGCGGGCAGCCCACGGUGCCGCGGCAGAACAGCGCCGGCCCCCAGCGCAGGAUCGACCAGCCACCCCCACCGCCCCCGCCGCCGCCCCCCGCGCCCCGAGGCCGGACGCCUCCCACCCUGCUGAGCACCCUGCAGUACCCGCGGCCCUCCAGUGGGCCCCUGGCGUCCGCCUCGCCCGACUGGGCUGGCCCCGGGGCCCGGCUCCGGCAGCCGUCGUCCUCGUCCAAGGGGGACAGCCCGGAGCUGAAGCCCCGCGCUGCACACAAGCAGGGCCCUUCACCCGUGAGCCCCAAUGCCCUGGACCGCACGGCCGCUUGGCUCUUGACCAUGAACGCGCAGUUGUUAGAAGACGAGGGCCUGGGCCCAGACCCCCCCCACAGGGAUAGGCUAAGGAGUAAGGAGGAGCUCAGCCAAGCAGAAAAGGACCUGGCGGUGCUGCAGGACAAGCUGCGGAUCUCCACCAAGAAGCUGGAGGAGUACGAGACCCUGUUCAAGUGCCAGGAGGAGACGACGCAGAAGCUGGUGCUGGAGUACCAGGCGCGGCUGGAGGAGGGCGAGGAGCGGCUGCGGCGGCAGCAGGAGGACAAGGACAUCCAGAUGAAGGGCAUCAUCAGCAGGUUAAUGUCUGUGGAGGAGGAGCUGAAGAAGGACCACGCCGAGAUGCAAGCAGCUGUGGACUCCAAACAGAAGAUCAUUGAUGCCCAGGAGAAGCGUAUCGCCUCACUGGACGCCGCCAACGCCCGCCUCAUGAGCGCCCUGACGCAGCUGAAAGAGAGGUACAGCAUGCAAGCCCGUAACGGCGUCUCCCCCACCAACCCCACCAAAUUGCAGAUUACCGAGAACGGCGAGUUCCGAAACAGCAGCCAUUGCUAACCUGCCCGAGGAGGGAGGACUGUGGUGGCCCAGAGCAGGCCGCGGCCUGGGGCCUGGGGAGGAGCGCCCCACAGUCGCAGCCCCGCACACAGGGGCGGGGGGGGGGGCCCAGGCCUCCUCCCCUUCCCUCCGCCUGCGGUCCAGGAGGUGCCGCAGACAGAGCCUGGACAGACGGACGCAGCGUGGGCCCGCUCCCCUCUCUUGUGGCCCGAGAAGCGAGUUUGGUGCAGGCCACAGGGACUGCACGCUGGGGGGGAGCGGCCUGGGGGGAGCAGGGGACCUACCAAAGGACGUCUCCGUCGGUUACUGAAUUUGGUGUGUGUCACCUUUCUUUCUUGACCUGGCCAAGUGCAUGUUGUACCCCUUCCCCCCUCUUCAGGGAGGGGGUGCCCGCUAGGUAGGGGAUUGGAGAGCUGGGGGCCCUGGCCCCUGCCCUGGGGGACCUGUCCCUCAGUUCCCAGGGGCGGACAGGCUGGUCGGCAGGCAGGGAGAGGGUGGGGAGGAUGGAGCUGCCGGAGUUGCUGUCCCGCAGGGCUCCCCCCUGAGCACCUGCUACUGCAUGCUGCCCAUCCGGGCACCCGCCUGGCCGUGAGGGACCGAGGAUUCACCCCUGCACCUGUCCCCAGACUCCCUGCCUCUUCACCUCCCCCUUCCCCCUUGCCAACUGUCCUUACUUAUUUUGCCAGACCCCCUGUGAUGAUCCUGGCUCGCUCUUUUGGGCCCUGGUAUCUGCAGGGAGGACCCGGAGCCUCCCUCAGUCACCCAGGCUGACAUUCUGGGGCUCCCCAAAGCCAAAGACCUGGGCCGAGUCGGCCCAAGGGCACUGUGCCUGCCGCCUGCCCUGCCCCCGGGCCGGGGUGCCAUGCCCCAUGGGUAGCGCCCAGCCGGUGCUCGCCCUGAGAGGAAGGCUGAUCUUUCCCAAGUGAUGGUUGAAAGAAGUUCUAAGGCCAGCAGGCCCUGAGAAGAUGGAUAACUGUGAUUUUUUUUCCUUUCACAGUAUGCAUUAGAAACAAAAGCCCGCUUGCUCGCUUGCUGGAACACAGGGGCCUUUUAAAUUGAGCGUGCUCACUGCAUGGGAAAUAGCGGCCCUGGAGGAUGUUAGACUUGCUCCCUCUCCAAGACAGCAGCGGCCUGCGCCAGGCCCCGUGUGUGCGGCCGGCCUCCUCCUCACCCUCCCCGGGCGCCCCGGCCAAAGACCUGGGCGCUGCACACAGGAGAGGGGCACAUCCCACAGCCGGGGCCGGUUUUCCUCAGCUCUAGGCUGUCCUGGGGCUUCUCAGCCCUCCCUGCCCCCCACCCCUUGCGGGACUCAGGCGGGCAGGAGCUCGGGCCAAUCUCAGUCCCUCCCACCCCCAGCCCCAGGGCAUCUCCGGCAAGAGCUGGGCAUCUGCCCUGGCAGAGCCCGGGCUGGCGAGCCCCGGGCCACCCCCUCUGCCGUGGCCUCAGGAAGCUGAGACCCUGGGGAAGAGCCCCGAGCCCUUCCUGCCACAGCCAGGGGUCACCAUAGGGCCCGCCAGGUCGAGGGCGGGAAGGGUGGCCUGGACCGCACUGCGCCCCAUCCUGGCCUCUGGGCAGGGGCUCUUAGGUGAAACCUGCAGCCAGUUAGGCCAGAGACGUGCCCGUGAGGAGAGGGCGGGCCCCUAAGGGUCGCAGACCUCAGGAAGGAAGGCCGUGGGGGCUGUGGCCCUGCCCCCACUCGAGGCCACACAGGCAGGGCCUGGCCCCGGUGAUGUCCUCUGGUUCGGUCUCAUCCCCCCCCC